AUCUCGCAAUCAAUCAGAGGAGGCCAUCCCCCCACCGUCUCGUCUUCCUCAGAUCCCCCAAAACCCUAACCACUACCACCAUCGCCUCCCCGCCAUGGCCUCCCGCAUCAAGGACCGCGGCAAGGCCGCACCCGCCUCCCGCCCGCUCACCCCCAAGACCACCACCGCCUCCUCCUCAUCCUCCUCCGCUCGCCGCACCCCCGCCUUUGCCGCCCCCGGCAAGGAGAACUCGGCGUCCAAGCCCUCCAAGCCCACCUCCGCCGUGCGGUGGUCCACGUCGUCGAUCCCGAGGGCCAGCAGGAUCCCGAGCUCGGUGGAGUCUUCCAAGCUCGUCUCCACACUCAGAGCCUCCUCGGUGAUGCCCGGGAGGGCGUCUAUCGGGAAGGACAUGGAUGCGGAGGCGGGCCUGCGGCGGAGCGUGAGUGGUGGGAUUAGGGGCGCUCCGGAGAGGGCGAGGAGGUCGGUGGGUAGCGUUGGAGUUAGGGUCUCGGAUGCGAGGAGAGCAAGCAGCGUGCCUCGUGCUGAUGCUAGGGUGAAGGGGAUUGAUGAGACCAGUGGGAAAAGAGAAGGCUUUGAUGGUAAGCAUAAGCAAAUGCAUGUCAUUUACAGGAAAAGAGAGAGCUUUGAUGCAAAGUUGAAGCUGACCAGUGGUAAGAGAGAGAGCGUUGAUGUUAAUGUGACCAAGCAAUGUGAUGGGAUCAAAGGGAAAAGGGUGGGUUCUGAUAGCAAUUUAAAGAAGCAAUGUGAUCGGAUUGGUGGCGAAAAUGAAGGCAUUGAUGUGAAUGGGAGACCUGGAGAUGAAAUCAAUAAGAAGAAAGAUGGAUUUGACACGAAGUUGGUGAAAGAGAUUCAUCCCAAGAAAACUGUAUCUAGUGCCACUGAUUUGGGAGUUGCGCCUUUUUCUGCUGCUGAGAAGGAUGGUGAUGGAGGCAACGAUGCUGUUAUCCCUGUGUUCACUGUCCAUGUGAUGGACACGAUUGAUGUUCCUUGCAUUGUCAGGGAAGAGAAGAAAAAUACUGACGAGCCUAAGAAGCAGGAAGAAAAGAGCAAGCUGGCAGACAAGAUUAGAGUUUUUGAGAAAGCGUCUGUGAGUGUGGAAGGAAAAUCAGUGAAGUCUGUUUCCAGUUUGAACAAGUACCCAAGCAAGCUGCAUGAGAAAUUAGCUGCAUUGGAAGGGAGAGUCCAAAAGAUAGCGACCGAUAUCAAGAAGACCAAAGAGAUGCUGGAUGAGAAUAACCCGGACGAGCCAAAGCAGAUAUUAUCUAAUAUCCAGAAGGAGAUUACUGCCAUUGAGAAGGCAAUUUCCCAUGUCAAGGAUGAUAAUAAGAUUCAGCUUGGUACUGCAGAUGAUGUCGAGUGUGAGAUAUCUCAUCCUCAAAAGGCUGCAAAAUGUGCUGUUACAAAGCCAAGUGACCUGAAGCACGCCGCAAAAGGUAUGAAUACUGAUGAACUAGAGGCGAGGUUCUUUCCACAUCAUAAACUGUUGAGAGACCGCAAACCGUCUAGUGCGGCUCAACAGGAAGCAUCCAUGUCUGUGAAAAAGGAUUGUAACAUAAAUAUGGAACUUUCUUCUCUUGUCUGUCCAGAGGAUGAGAAUAGCAUAGCCAUGGAGUUUCUGGCUUCCUUAGAUGGUGAACAAAGCGACUUCUUCAAGAAUCGCAGAGUGAAGAACUUGGAAAAAACUGUUAUAUGUGAAGCAGCAGAUUCUAGCAGCAAGACAUCAGGACAAAGUUCCUCAAAUAAUGCGGUAGGCCCAAAUCAUGAGCAGGAAAUUGAAUUGCUUGCUACUGAGAAGCUAGAAGAGUUUGAUGAACAAGAGAACAAGUCAUCUAUGAUUUUACAGGAGGAAACAGAAGAGUUCUGUAGUGAUCAGUUAUUAGGGAUAGGAAACAAAUCCUCAACUGGUGGAUGGUUUGUUUCGGAGGGGGAGGCUGUUCUUCUUGCACAUGGAGAUGGUACCUGCUCUUACUAUGAUAUUGCAAACCGUGAGUUCAAGUCUGAAUACAAGCCUCCAAGUGUGAUCUCAAAUAACAUGUGGGGUGAUUGCUGGUUGAUCCGUGCCCCGGGUGUUGAUGGAUGCUCAGGAAGAUAUGUAGUCGCAGCAUCAGCUGGCAAUGCACUGGACCCUGGAUUUUGCAGCUGGGAUUACUAUAGCAGAGAAGCAAAAGCAUUUCAUGUUGAGGAGAUAUCUCACGCCUCCUCAGUAACAUCAUCCAGAACUGUUCUUGGGCCCCUUCCUAAUAUAGGUUCAUCAAGAUCUAGCUCUGCAAUUUCUACUUUAGAAAGACAGCAAUGGUGGUAUAGACCCUGUGGACCGCUCCUACUUUCUUCUGCUAGCAAGCAAAAGAUGAUCACAGCUUAUGACAUCCGAGAUGGUGAAGUAGUGAUGAAAUGGGAAGCGAGCAAUCCAGUACAGGGGAUGGAAUAUUCCAGCCCACUGCAAUGGCGUAGCAGGGGGAAGGUUGUAAUUGCUGGUACUGAGUCAAUUGGGUUGUGGGAUGUUAAUUCGCUUAACCCACAACCCUUAUUAUCUGUUGCUUCAGCUGGUAAAAAACUUUACUGCCUCCAUGUGAACAACACUGAUGCAGAGCUGGGUGGAGGAGUUCGUCAAAGAGUUAGUUCAUCUGAGGUGGAGGGAAACGAUGGUGUUUUUAGUACACAGGAAAGUGUUAAUAUAUUUGACUUUCGUGUACCUGCUGGCAUCGGUCUUAAAAUGGCAAGAAAUGGUGGUACAGCAAGUUCAAUCUUCUCUCGUGGUGACUCAGUAUUUAUUGGGAGCACAGAAGGUAAGCUGCAAAUAAAAGGGGGGUUGAGAUCACGAGUUCAGCAAUAUUCACUGAGAAAGGGGAAGGUUGUAGCAACCUAUGAGCUACCUGAUUUCAAUGCCCACUUUCAUCACUCUUCAAUAACCCAAGUAUGGGGCAACUCCAACCUUGUCUUGGCUGCGUGCGGCAUGGGACUGUUUGCCUUUGACGCCUUCAAGGAGGAUGUUCAACAAACUUACAGCUUUGACCGUGGAGCCACUCUUGGAGUAAGAGAGGCUAUUGGCACCGAUGAUUUGUACUGUCCAACAUUUGAUUACUCAUCAUCACGGGUUCUUCUUGUCUCAAGAGACCGUCCAGCACAUUGGAGGUAUCUGUCAUAGCUAUCUAUUUAUCGUGUGCAUCAUGUGAUCGACAUGUAACAUAUGUACUCUGUUAUGCUUAGUAGCUUAUUUAGUCAUCUGUAGUGUCAAGCAUCUUGCUUUCACUGUAUUAGCAGAAUGAUUGGGUUUAUUCCCUUGCAGUUAAUUAAUAUCUAUUGCAUUUUUAUUAUA